ACAUCAAACACGUACGUCCUUGCCUUCGACUUGGUAGCUAGCGGUUUACGAGCGCAACAAUGGUCUAACUUGGAAAUUAACGUUCCGUUUCAGUUGAACAAUAUUUGUCCACCUAGCUGCUUUGAUUUUAGUACAGUGCGACUUCGGCACGUGCUGCGAUCGCAAAUCGGCAAAUUUUCCGGCAGAUUCUCGCGUUAUUUGCGGAGUUUUCCCGGAAAAAACCGCGUGAUUUGGUGCUGUUUGAAAUCUAGAAGUGGCUCAGUGAGUUGUUUGUAUAUGAGGCAGGAUGAUCGUGUGAUUUUUGAGAAGUUAGCGAGGGCGAGUUGGGUUUAUUCUGAGUGCCAGUGAGAAAUGUCGGCAGAAAUGAUUGUGAAGUGUUGAAUUCGGUAUGUAGUGUCUCUUGUGCACGAGGAAAUAUGGGAAAGUCAAAUAGCAAAUUGAAGAAAACGAAAUAUUACAACAGCUUUUCCCUCAAUCGAUUCGCGUCACUUCCCACGAGAUUCAAGUCGAGGAUCCACAAAGUCAACGGUGUUCAGCAAGAUGUGUCCUCCGCGAAGAGCAUGGAGAUCAGCAAGUGGCUGCAGAACCUCGACCUGGAGGAGUACAAAGAAAACUUCUCGAAGUUUGGUGGGGUGGAAGAUAUCUUGGACCUGAGUGAAACGGACAUAAAAAAUUUGGGUGUGAAGAUAUCGUCACACAGGGCGUUAAUGGUUCACAGUUUGACGGUGCUUAGGGCCAAGUAUUAUGAUAAUUUCGAAAAAAAUCGAAAUAUGAAGCAGCCAACUUUGAGGCACAGCGUUGCAGUAGAUUCCAACAAAGUAGAAGACGACGAUGUAUUGACAGAUUUGACUACAGUCUCGGAAGUGAUUCAGAGCAAAAGUCUCAAUAAUCUGAUAAUGGAGCCCAUGGCGGAUACUUCCAUGAGCGCUCAAGAGCUCAAGAAAGCCUUGGAAUGGGAGCUGUCGCUAGACAGCAGGGACCUGAGAUCGCAUGCCUGGUACCAUGGUGCUAUACCGAGGUCUAGAGCUGAAGAUAUAGUCCGAGAAGAGGGGGGUUUUCUAGUUAGAGAUUGUACCUCGCAACCUGGAAAUUACGUACUUACAUGUAGGACCAAAGGCCAAGCUCUUCAUUUCGUCAUCAAUAAAUUGGUCAUACAACCUGACACUGUAUACGAAAGGGUCCAAUUUCAGUUCGAAGAUGACGCCUUCGAUACCGUUCCAGACCUCAUCACAUUCUACGUGGGUUCCGGAAAACCCAUAACGUCCCUUUCUGGAGCCAGGAUCCAAUUCCCGAAAAACAGGAUGUAUCCGUUAUCCUUCUAUGCCAGCAAAUACCCAACGCCCCUACCCCAAAGUAGACUGACGUCCCCAGCGACGACGCCCAUCGGAUGUUCGCACCCCAGGCACCCUUCACUGCCUGGCAGGAACUCAGGCUCGCCCACAAGGAUCACCAGGGACAACGUACCGCGUCUUCCGUCGAAGAAACAGCGUUCGCACUCGCUCACGCCGAACGAAGUGAACAGGGUGGCCCACGAAAAGUGCAAUAGUGCGGACGGUGUCAUACAAUCGCCGCUGAUGACGAGGUCCGCUGGUCCCGAGACCGUCUCUUCCAAUCUGAAGUUUUCCACGCACUCGUUACCGAGAACCACACACGCGAAGCUGUCGCUCUCGGUCAGUUCGAACACUCUGGGCAGAAACUGUCGAGUGACCAGUGAUCCCACCCUUUCCCCUUGCGCCGAGAGGAAGCUGUUCGAUGAGAACGACUCCCUGCUGUCGGAGUCUCCACCGCCGAAGCCUUCCAGGGUGCCGGGGAUGCAUCGCACAGAAUCCAGGGAUUCCGACGUGACGGAUUACCAACACACCUGCGGGUUCUUAACCCAUGGCGGCGUUCAGAGGGUCACGUCGUACCAUGCCUCUGGUUCCGACUCCGGGAAUGGCAGUGGAGACUCUGCUCUCAGUUCUGCCGCAGGAGACCCAAUAGAAAGCCAAAGAAACUCUGGAGUGAUAAUCAAAAAUCCCAGAUAUAACAUGUCCACCUCCGAAUCCUCGACGACCCUCAAGAACUUUGAUUUCGACUCCCAGGAAAUAGAACAAAAACUUUUAGAACGAUGUAAAGAAGAAAUCCCAAUACUAUCCAGGUUCGAUCUAGAUAACUACCAGACCCUGUUGUUGCCUGUUAACGAAAACAAACCCCUGGAUGCUCAAGCCCUCAGAGGCAUAAAAAUGAUACUUAAAGACUGUGGUUCUAGAAUUCUGGCAAACCAUUUGACAAGGACCGACCUAGAUGUGAUAUUCAAGCAAGACGAGAAGGACCCUCUUCAGCUGAAGAACGGUUUAGAACUGUGUACGUUACCACACGGGCACCAGUUCAGACUAGAUCUUAUAGAGAGGACAGAGUGUUUGAAGUUGCUGGUUGCUGUUACCAUAUUGACCUGCGCUGAUGAGGUGGAAAGAACCGAAACCUUGUACAAAUGGAUAGAAAUAGCAAUAGACACGAAAACUGCCCUUGGAAACUUGUUCGGCUUCUGCGGCAUAAUGCUUGGGCUUUGCCUACCACAGAUCGAAAGGCUUCACACAACUUGGCACAUGCUGCGCCAGAAGUACACGGACGUCGCCUUCAAUUUCGAAUCAAAACUCCGGCCAACGUUGAAGAACAUGAACAAUUGCUCAAACCCUCAAGCGCCUAACACUACCAUCCCCCACCUCCUGCCCUUCGUGAUACUUUUGGAACGGGACCUGGAGGACUUCCAGGUGGCAGGCGACCAAAACAGCCUGAGCAGCAGCUGCCUGGGGUUGCGCGAGCACAACUCCCAGGACUUCGGCCUCGCCGCCCUUCUCAACCACCUGCAGACAGCGCGGAAGUACGUAGACCAGAGCGCCAACUACAUCAGGAACGCGGAAAUAGUCAUGGCAGAGGCGCGGAUGGACGACCUCACCCUCAGCAUGUUCCAAACGGAGUUUCAUUUGAAGUUCCUCUGGGGCAGUAGGGGAGCAGGGGCCGAUUCGGCCGAUAGGCACUCUAAGUUCGAGCAGAUCCUCACCGUGAUGUCCGAGAAGUUCUGCAGCCUCAGAGACGACUCCGAGGUGUGAUUUUUGUGAUCUUUUGUACAUAAAUAGGGAGUUUGGAAAUUUUGCUUCGGGACUCGAUUGCACAAUAAACUGCGCAGCGAAAAAGACGUUUAUAUGAAUUAAUUGAACCUUUGCUAGAAAAGAUCCUGUUUUAUGAAUGCGUAUUCAGAAUUUACGGGGUCUCCAGUCUGAGAUGAUUACUGCAAGUGAUCACAGCACGUAAGCUGUGAUACCACGGCUAAAAAGCACGGAAAUUUCAAAUAUCCAUUCACAGUUUUCAGUCAUAAAAAUCUGUAUCAAUAUGUGUAUAGAAACAUAUUCAACAACAAAACCAUUUUUUGUCGUAUCAGAUCAAAAUCACUACAAUUAUUCCAUAUAUACGAGAUUGACAAAUAUUAUUUUUGGUCCAUACAUACCCAAAAACUCAAAAAAAUGUUUAUGGACUUGUUCCAUGAUCAUGUAGGUAUGUAAUUGACAAAAGGUGCUGAUUCGUAAAGAGAAAAUUUUUGUGCAAUCUUCUUAAGAAGGCAGUUUAUUGUGCAGUUUUAUUACUCGAAUCAGCAGUUUCCAUUAAUGUCAAUAUUUUAAUUUUCAUUUUUGGAAGCUGACAAGCAUAUUUAUGUUUCGACAUAUCAAUUCGUCAUUUUGUUUUUUUCGAAGUAUCGACCCUAGAACACCAAUAUCUGAAGGGCUUAUGGAUUUGAAAUUGAAUCGAGCUUUAAAAUGUUAAAAUUAAAACUUUUCGUAUUAUAAGAAGGUGCUCAUUUUGAACUUUAAGAUUAUGAUUUUAUGAUAUGAAAAAUCAAAAGUUCGGUCUGUUUUGAAUUACUGACAAUACGACUUUAAAAGACUGCCACUGUUUCUCUCCUUAUUUUCGAUUUAGUGCAAUUUUUCUAGUUGCUUCUCGGCAAUUAACUAACGAAUACAGUGUUCAAGGUGAUUACACACCUUAAAAUCCAGAGUAUUUUCGAAAUAUUAUAAAACUGGGAAACAUUUGUUAAAAUUGUACAUCGAAUAAAAAUGUUUUCUUGACACAAAUGAACAUGAGCUGAAGACAAAAUAUGGGGUUAUGUCAUUUUAAAACGUUAUUUUUUUACGUUUGUUGGAAUGUUAUUGAGACUCACAAAGUUGCAAUUCUGUUGAUUAACUUGAAAUAAAAAAUUAUAUGUGCACACUAUGGUGCAUAGGAGAGGUCUACCUAUGCAGGAAUGCUUGCGAAGGUAGACCGUUGGGUCUGUGGAAACAGACAACCAUACCAAAAAUAUUGGAAAACAGUAAGCGACUUACGCAGAAGACCGGGAAAACACAGAGAUAAACCGUACGCCGAUGUCACUUUUCGAUUUUUGUUGUACAGGUCUGUUCCCACAUAUGCUCCUGUCUAUCUCUGUAGGUAGACUUCUUAUCUACAAAAACUGCUGCAGCUUUCAUAAUACUUUAAAUUCAACCUACCUCAUGUUUUGAUGGCUCAUGUUUAGGAGCUUGAAAUUGAUGUACUUAGUCAAUAUGAUGAAAUUCACUAGAUUUAUAAUUUUCAUACGCUGAAUCCAUAAACAUCAACGUCAACCUUGGCAAGUGAAUCUCAACAGUAAUAUUGAAAAAACAUUGAGAAACCAUCAUUGACAUUGUUUAUAUAUAUUUCUUGUAAGACACCAACUUGAAAAUACUUGGAAAACUAUGUAAAAAUUUACAGAACUGUAAAAAUUUUAUAGAAAUGCUUUUAGAGGAGUUUACAAGCUUUUUUCAUUUCAAAAAAUUCGAUGUGAUGUCAUUAAAUGAAAAUAAUGAAACAACAUGUAUAACUAUUAUAAGAAUUUAUAAUUAUAUAAAUAAUAUUGUAUUGAUUUAAUAAUUUAUUAACGGGUCUAUUUGUUAGUUAGAAAUCAUGAAUAUUUCUAGUAGAUUUCUGUGUUACCACAGUGUUAAGAAUGAUUCCUAUAUAUAAAUAUAUCACAAAGAAAUAAACGAAUGUACAAAAUAA